UUGUAGUCAGACUAGAGCGAGACGAUAGACCUUCACACGGUGACUUCUGUCCAGGACCGACCUGAAUCUGCUGUAUCUGACUUUGAAUCUAGCCUACAUUAGCCAUCUGAGAGGAAUUUAACCCGACAUGAUGACAAUAAGACUACCGGCAGCGCUGUUUAUUGUCUUCCUCUUCUUCUCUACACAUUCUGUCUCAGGCUCUUAUCCCCGAGCACAGAAUGUCACCUGGAAAUCCACCAACUUCAAAACUAUUUUGACCUGGGAGCCCAAACCAUCAGUUGAUUACUCCUACACAGUGGAGUUCUCUGUGGUUGGUGGGGACAAACAGAGAAACCAUCACUGUAUCCGGUCCUCAGGGACAGUGUGUGAUCUGUCCAGUGCUCUGACUGACCUGAAAGCCUACUAUACAGCUGACGUCCUGUCUGAACCCCCACUUGGGGUCCCCUCUGACCUUAUCGAGUCCCCUUACACCAGCUCACCAAGAUUCUGCCCAUACAAAGACACUGAUAUAGGCAAACCUGAGUUUAAGCUGGAGGUUAGUGAAGACAAAAAGAAGACCACCCUGUAUGUGACUGACCCACUCACCGCCAUAUUUAAAGAUGGCCGCCAACUGAACAUCAGAGAUAUCUUCUCUGACCAGCUGCAGUAUAAAGUCACUUAUCGAAAAAAUAAGAGCACCGGCAAGAAAGUGUACAACUCUAAGACAAAUGUGAUAGAGCUGACUGGUCUGGACAAAGGGGAGAGCUACUGCUUCAGCGUCCAGGCCUACAUCCCCAGCCGCAGCAUAGACAAGCAGCUGGGAGAGCUGAGCCAGACCCAGUGCUCCAAUGAUGACAGCAAGUCCAUUUUUGAAGUGUACUCGGUGGGUGUGAUUGCUGCUGCCAUCUUCCUCAUCCUGCUGCUGAUUGGCCUCAUCAUCGCUGUCACAGUGGUCUGCUGCAAGCGCAAAAAGAAAGCUCUGAAAAGUGGAAGAGAAGGAUUGCCUCUCCAGAAUGUCUAGAGUUCUUGUUCCAUCACACACACACACGCACACACACACACGCACACACACACACACACACACACAUACACACACAUGCAUACAUGCAUGCAAGCAUACACACACACACACACAUAUCGAGCAUGCGGUACAACUGAACAUGACUGUGGCCUCUAAGGAGAGUCUAGUCCAAUAUUCCACUGUCAAACACUGGAAUCGAUCCUUCCUUUAGUUUCUGUGAAACUGCCUCGAAAUAUUUUGGACAUAUUUGAUUCUUUCUUUAUUAUUUCACAAUGCAGAAAAAAGACUCUUUGAACUCUUCCUACUGUACACACUAGUCAUUUUACUGAAGCUGUAAUGUUCCAUCCCUUGUUUUUUAUAUUUGGUGAGUGGUACCUUUGAUAACUGUAGAUAAACACUACUAACUGAUUUUAUUUAUUUUAUUUUAUAAUGUACUGUCUACCUUCAGAUGAUUGUCAUGAUGAGGAUUUUUGGGAGACUGGUGAAAGUAACACUUUAUGGGAAAUCGUGAUGUAGAAUAUAUUAUUUUUGUAUCUGAUGCUUAAUUUAUUGUGCUUAAUUGAAAAACAUAUUUGUAAAUGAUGCUCCUCUAGCUGUUUUAUAUUUCAGAUUAUUGCAGAUAAUUUUGUUAUGUGGUUAAAUGUUGAAGAAGUAAUAAAUAUUUUUAGAGCAUGA